AUGAACGAUAUGAGUGUUCCUUGGUCCAUUCCAAAAUCGAAAAUGUCCUAUUUUGGCCGAAGGUAUCCUAGAGAGACUAAUGAGGCAGAGGAUUUAAAUCAGUCGAAGAUUGAAACUGAUGCAAUGCCAAGCAUUAUCAAUGUAGAGAAGCAUCAUAUCAUCUGCUUUUUUCUCUCAAUUAUUUCUUAUAUCAUAGAUGUUUGUAGUGACAGCUUGAUCGCUAUUGACUAUAUUGCUUCUCAGAGAUUGACGCAUGCAUUCUUCACUAUCAUUCCUUACAUCACUGGUUUCUCAGCAACAUUCAUCCUAUCGUAUAUUUGGCAUAAAGAAGAUCAUACUCGUUGUUAUCAAUAUGUAACAUCUCUACCAGCACCUACUGCUGUUUUUCGUUUUGACGUCUCAGAUUAUGCUAAACUUGCAUUCAAAGCUUUAAUUGGCCCUAUUUAUUGGAAUUAUAAUGCUAUUCUGUUUGCUUACAGAAUGAAGAACGUUAGUUCUAAAAAAUUAAAAAAAUAUUUUUUUUGUCGGAUGGUUGAAUGUGAAAGAGAUGCCACUCUAUUAAGACUUGUAGAAGCUUUCAUAGAGUCUGCUCCUCAAAUGAUUGUCCAAACUAUCAUUGUCUUACAAUCCGUUCAUUAUGGGAACAAUAGCAGUGUUUGGAUUUACUUCCAUUACCUUUCCAUAUUAUCAUCAUUAGUCAGCGUGUGUUGGGCUUUAUGCUGUCAGCAUCGAACUCUUCGAAUGGUUCGAUUAGACAAGAUUAACAUUCAUCCAAGUGAAAUUAUAAUACAGUUCUUAUGGAGAUUUUUUUUGAUGUCUUCAAGAGCCCUUAUUAUCGUUAUAGCAAUUAUAGCAUUUGGAUAUCAAGCUGCUUGGUUCGGUGCAAUCCAUUGUGUUGCUACUAUUCUCCAUCUCUUCAUGUUUCAGUGGGAUGGGAAUAAAGGCCUCUCGUAUUCAUCUCGAUGUCUAGUCAUGAUCUGUAAUAUGUUCAUUCACAUGUUUACUCCAUUCAAUUCCGUUGAUGGACCAGCUUGCUGGCGAUACACCGUUGCGCUGCUGGUUGAACUUAUAGAAGCCGAGCUUAUUUUCUAUUAUCUGUGGUUUUAUGCGAACACUACGAAUUUCGAUGUCAUUCCAUUGAUCUAUACAUAUCACAGUACAUACAUUAUUGGUAUAAUUCUGAUGAUCAUUUAUUACAAACGUCUACAUCCGUCUCGCAGAUCUGUCAAUUAG